CUAAGCCUGUACCCUGGGAGAACGCUCGAGAACAAAAUCGCAAGCUCUGUCCAGUCUUCAGUGUUUAUGCCACAAUUGCCGCAUUGGUUGCUCGCUUCAGUGAGUUUGUGAGGCAGUUUUGGCAAUGGAGGCCUCUCCGGCGAGCCUUCGCCAUUUUGCUCCCCGGUGCUUCAGAAUCAAGCACCUCAAGAGCGGAGGUGGGCAGGCUGUACGUAAUCUGCAGUUCUACCAUCCAUCCCAUGCUCAAGGUUACGGUUCCCUCAAGACAAAUCCUUCAGGUUCUAGAAGGAAGCAAUUUGUACAGUUAAAUGGACACUCUAGGCCAGUAGCAAACAAAAGAUUCUGCAUCUAUGUUUCUAGUCAGCUUGGAAGGGCAACAUCAGCUGAGCUUCCAAACCCAGAAAUUUUAUUGCAGAAAACAGAUGACGGGUCUUAUUUACCCAGUUCACAGGAUAUGGACAACAGUGGAACUCUGCAAUCCAAGUCUAAAAUGUUUAAAAAUCGGUUUCUGAACUUUGUAUGCUUCGGUUCAGUCAUUAAUGGUGCUGCUGAAUCCUUUUUCAAGAGCGAAAUACGCCGGAGGUUAUUUGUGACAGCAGUAUUAAUUGUGUUCAGUCGUGUUGGUUAUUUCAUUCCUCUGCCAGGAUUUGACAGAAGGUUGAUACCGGAGGAUUACCUUAGCUUUGUUUCAGGAUCUGUUGAUGAACUUGGUGAUUUCACAGCAGAACUUAAGCUUUCUCUUUUUCAACUCGGAAUCAGUCCACAGAUUGCAGCAUCAAUUCUCAUGCAGGUACUUUGUCAUGUUGUUCCCUCCUUGGUGAAGCUUCGGAAAGAAGGCUUGGAUGGUCAUGAAAAGAUUAAGAGUUAUAUAUGGUGGCUCUCACUUGGGUUUGCAAUACUAGAGGCUUUGGUUCUUGCUUGUUAUUCUCUUCCGUAUUCCAUCUAUACAGCUAGUCACAGGGUGAAGCAUGUGAUGGUAACAAGUUUGCUAUUGGUGUGUGGUGCAAUGACUAUUACAUGGAUAUGUGACAAAAUAUCAGAGUCUGGAUUUGGUCAAGGAUCAUCUUUGAUUAUAUGUGUGGGAAUAUUGACUGGCUAUACAGAUACAUUAUACAAGAUGUUAUUGCAGAUCACAGGGAGUGUUGUGUACUGGUGGCCUUAUGUACUUGCAGUAAUAGGUAUCUUCACUGUAGUCACAAUGUGGGCAGUUAUUGUAACUGAGGGAUGCAGGAAAAUCAAACUGCAAUACUAUGGUUUUAAACUUGCUUCUGCUACAAGAGAGGAGUCUCCAAUUACUGAAGUUGAGGCCUAUAUUCCUUUCAAUAUCAAUCCAUCUGGAAUGCAGCCUGUUCUCACAACUGCCUAUCUAUUGGCAUUUCCUAGCAUUCUUGCGAGUCUCCUUGGUUCACCCUUCUGGGAACAUGUCAAGCAGAUAUUGAAUCCUGAGACUUCUCUUGGUGCUGAGCCAUGGGUUUACUAUUCAAUUUAUGCAUUCUUUGUUUUUCUUUUCAAUAUAUUUGACAUUGCCAACAUGCCAAAGGAAAUUGCUGAUUAUUUGAACAAGAUGGGUGCUAGAAUACCGAAUAUAAAGCCUGGAAAGGCCACCAUUGAAUACCUUACAAAGAUCCAAGCAUCUACACGUUUUUGGGGUGGCCUCCUCCUAAGUUUUUUGGCAACUACAUCAACUAUUCUUGAUCAUUACCUACGUCGUGUAAAUGAAGGGUUUGCAAUAGGAUUUACAUCAGUUCUCAUCAUUGUGGGUUCCAUCAUCGAAUUGAGAAGAUCCUAUCAAGCUUAUAAUGUGAUGCCAAGUUUAAGCAAGGCUUUGAGGCGCUAUGGAGUAUGACCUCCAACUAGUUUCUUUGAACAUCCAAGGCCACUGCUUCGAAUUGUAGAAAUAAUCUCUUUGCACAAAAACAAGGGCGAAUGUUGCUAAUAAAUACGACCCUUGCGCAGCAGGAACGCACUUUUUUGAUUUAAUACAAGGGGGUUCUGUUUACUUGGAUUUGCAGCUAUGAAUGAGACAAUACCUCCAUGGAUGUAAUCUGCCUAGUCCUGCCAUCAGCACUCCAAAUGAAGAUCUUAGGACAGGAUCGACUAUUUCUUCUAGAGUUUUGCAAAGAGCAGAGUUUGUUGUAAUGACAGGUGUAAUGCUGAUGGAGCCUAGCCAGUAGACUUGGAACAUUUUGCUUUAGGGUUCAUUACAUUUGGCUAUGUAUGUAUUUAUGUGUAUAUUCCUAUUUUUGGCACGUUAAAGCUUGCAUAACAUUCACCCAGGUGAUAGCAAGUAGCAAGGAUGCUCUUAGGGGAUGAUGUUUUUUUUUUGGGGUGUGAAUUUAAAUUUUUCGUUAUUUUGACUA